CGGGCGUCGCGCAGUGACGUUUAUUUCGUGCGACCGUUCCUGCGCUCGGUUUCGUGUCGGGCCCAGAGAUACCGCCGCGUAUUUGGGAUUUAUUGUUACUGUUUUGUUGAGAGGGUCUUUUUGUUUUUGUAAGAAGAGGAGACAUGGCGCAGUACAAGGGAGCCGCCAGCGAGGCCGGGAGAGCCAUGCAGCUGAUGAAAAGGCGAGAGAAGGAAAGGGAACAGCUGGAGCAGCUCAAACAGAAAAUUGCCGAGGAGAACAUGGUGAAGUCCAACAUCGACAAGAAGUUCUCUGCGCAUUAUGACGCCGUGGAGGCAGAGCUGAAGUCCAGCACCGUGGGUCUGGUGACCCUCAAUGACAUGAAGGCCAAGCAGGAGGCUCUGGUGAAGGAGAGGGAGAAGCAGCUGGCCAAGAAGGAGCAGUCCAAGGAGCUGCAGCUGAAACUGGAGAAGCAGAAAGAGAAGAAGAGGAAGGAGGAGCAGAAGAGGAAGAUCGCCAGCUUGUCCUUCAACCCUGAGGAAGAGGAGGAUGAAGAUGCGGAGAACGAGGAAGAGGAGGAGGAGGAAGAAAUCCCGGUUAAGAAGAAGAAACUGGGGAAGAACCCAGACGUGGACACCAGCUUCUUACCGGACAGAGACCGAGAGGAGGAGGAGAACCGUCUGCGUGAGGAGCUGCGACAGGAGUGGGAGCGCAAGCAGGAGAAGAUCAAGAGUGAGGGUUGCCUUGAUGAAAGUGUGUGCUGGCUGGCAGAGCUGAUCCUUGUGUGUGCUGUGCAGAUGAAGAAGGGCAACACCAUCCAGCAGUUCCUGCAGAAGGCCCUGGAGAUCCUGAGGAAGGACUUCAGCGAGCUCAGGUCUGCUGGUGUGGAGCAGCUCAUGUACAUCAAGGAAGACCUGAUCAUCCCACACCACCACAGCUUUUACGAUUUCAUUGUGACAAAAGCUAGAGGCAAAAGCGGUCCCCUGUUUAACUUCGAUGUGCAUGAAGACGUCCGGUUGCUGAGCGAUGCCACUGUUGAGAAAGAUGAGUCUCACGCUGGCAAGGUGGUGCUGAGGAGCUGGUACGAGAAGAACAAGCACAUCUUCCCCGCCAGCCGCUGGGAGCCCUACGACCCCGAGAAGAAGUGGGACAAGUACACGGUGAGUGCCGCACCCCCUCGCUCUGUCCUCAGGGGUCCCCCCUGCCCGGUCCUCCCGGGAGGAGGCCCAAGGUAGCAAAGCAUAGCGCCUUUUCCGAAUCGGAGCCACCCUGCACAGCAGUCGUGAGUCGUGUGCGGGUUGCGCGGAUUUCCAGCGUGAGGCCGGCACCGCCCGUCGCUGUCCGCUGGCGUUACUGCCUUGCGCUGAUCCGCCAGCUCCCGCCGUACCGCGGGCAGGCCCCAGGCCCAGCUCCACAGCUGCUGCGCGAGGAUCAAGAGGUG